CUGCUUCUUCUUCCAAACCAAUCCACUCUGUUCCCCUCUCUUCCCCUGCUUCCAGAAGCCAAGUUCAAACAUGGCGCACAACGACGAAGCGUCCUCGUCGCGUUCCACCUCCUCCGCCGCCGCCCAACCCUCGCCACCGCCACCUCCACGCCUCGCCCCCGCCCCCGCCUCCGCCUCCGCCUCUCCCAUGGACGCGGCGGCGCCCGCGCGCGACUUCAUGGCGGAAGCCCUCCGCCUCGUCCACAACCGCCUCACGUGCCUCGUCGACCGCCGCACCAUGGCCCGCGUCUGCCACGACUGGCGCGCCGCCGUCAAGCCGCUGCAGAACGCGCCGCAUCUCCGCCCGCUCCCGUGGAUCCUCGUCCCGCGCGCCGACGGCCCUUCCUUCUCGUGCGCCCUCCGCGGCUGCGGCGGGCACGGCCUCGGCGUCCCGGACGGCGCGCGCGCCGCGCGCUGCUUCGGCGCCUACGACGGCGGCUGGAUCUUCCUCGGCGAGACCUGCCGCAACACGCUCCUCAGCCUCCGCGACCAUCAGCUGCGCUUCAACCUCCCCUUUUUUGUCCGCCCGGACAAGACGGCUGCUGAAUUGGGGCGGCCAGACGGCCCUGUCCCUAACACUGGUGUGAUCAUGCUCGCCGCGACGCUCUCUUCGCCACCGGAGGACGAGGAUUGCGUCGCCGCCGCCAUCAUCACCUACUGGCCCUUCCAGGCUGCUCGACGCACUCACGCAUUCUGGCGCGUUCAGUCAGCAAAUGCUUCCCAGGAUCAGGUUGCGGCGAUGGGGCAUGGCCCUAGUGCCAUCGACGAGCCAGCUCUGGAGGAUGUCAUACACCACAAGGGAGCCUUCCUUUUCCUCACCGCAGAAGAAGACCUCCAUGUUUUCACAGCACGGGAUUUCCAUGAAGACGGCGACGGCAACAUGAAGAUGGCGCCCAGGGUGAUUCUUCGCUUCUGGCGUGGCCGGCGCGAUUAUGGCGGAGACGUCGUUGCUCGCUACCUGGUGGAGUCCCGCGGCAAUCUCCUCAUGGUGGUCAGGCGCGUUCCUGCUCCUCUUGCCGCGCCGCCGACGACAUCGGCGUUCAAGGUGUUCGAGAUGGUGCAGCCGCCGCCGAGGAAGCGGAACAAGGCCCUGCACGGCUGGAAGGAGCUGGAGUCGCUGGGUGAGCGGAUGCUGUUCGUCGCGCGAGGCUGCUCCAGAUCGUACGACGCGGGUGACUAUCCGGGCGACGAGUUCGGCGAGGGCGUCUACUUCCUGGAUGACGGGAGGCUCUACCGCGAGUCGACAGUGUUCGCUUCUCGCGCCGUCGCGGGGAAAUACCCCUGCAGAGACACCGGCAAGUGGCUACCGGCGGCGGAUGCGGCGGGGGUUCCGCGUGUGGACAAGUUCUUGCCGGAGCAAGGCCCGUCGGACUACUCACCGCCGGCGUGGCUUCUCCCCUGAGAUUGCUCAUGUUAGUUUUGAUCGUCCUGGUACAGGUAUGAUUCGCUAUUGAUUUGUUCGAGAUGUCCUUCUCCUCUUGUUUGGGUGGAUGAUGUAGUCUUCCUGAUCCGGUAUGAUAAUUCUCGAUCAAUCAGUAUAAUUCUCCUUGCUGAGUCAGACUUGCAUGAACGCAAUGCAUGUGAUGUGAUCUCUGGACUCUGGUCUGAUGAUUUGUAUGAAUGCAGCAACGUUUUGGCUUUCAGUACUUGGAUUGAGUCUAUGCAUCAUUGUUUAUGCAGUUAAUAAUAAUGCAAUGAGAAAAUGUGCCC